AUGGCGUCCUCGUCACCGAAGCUGCGGCUAGCGUGCCUCGUAGCCGCAGCUCUGGCCCUGGCAGCCAUCGUCGUCGCGCCGUGCGCGGCGCAGAACUCGCCGCAGGACUACGUGGACCCGCACAACGCGGCCCGCGCGGACGUGGGCGUCGGCCCGGUGUCCUGGGACGACACGGUGGCCGCGUACGCGCAGAGCUACGCGGCGCAGCGGCAGGGCGACUGCCAGCUGGUCCACUCCGGCGGGCCCUACGGCGAGAACCUCUUCUGGGGCUCCGCCGGCGCCGACUGGUCGGCGUCCGACGCCGUCGGCUCCUGGGUCUCCGAGAAGCAGUACUACGACCACGACACCAACAGCUGCGCGGACGGGCAGGUGUGUGGGCACUACACGCAGGUGGUGUGGCGCGACUCCACCAGCAUCGGCUGCGCCCGCGUCGUCUGCGACAACAACGCCGGCGUCUUCAUCACCUGCAACUACAACCCGCCGGGCAACGUCGUCGGCCAGAGCCCUUAUUAG